GACGCGUUUGUAGCCAUUUUAUUAACCUUAAAUAUCUUGUUUGCCGAAGCGGCUUGGUUUUUAAAGAAAUUAUCGAAAAUGGCAUACAAACCGCAAAAAGUGCAAAAGGUAAUGGUCCAACCGAUCAACCUGAUUUUCCGUUACCUGCAAAAUCGAUCACGAGUGCAAGUUUGGCUCUACGAAAACAUCCGGCUAAGAAUCGAGGGCCACAUCGUUGGGUUCGACGAGUACAUGAACCUGGUGCUGGACGACGCCGAAGAAUACUAUGUGAAGACAAAAAACAGGCGUCCGUUGGGCAGAAUAAUGCUAAAAGGGGAUAAUAUUACUCUUAUACAGAAUGUUAAACCCGAGUCUGGUGGCGGAAAUUAACCUCUAGUUGCGCUAUUUUUUAAGUGAUAAUGUUAAGUUGUAUUUUGUAUGGCGAUUAAUAGACUAGGAAUAAAUCACUUUGAUGACACUUGUUGUCUUAUUGGUAGUGGCGAUUGAAAUAAUCUUUGCACG